AACUAGAGGUCAGUUGUAUUAGAACCUUAAACAUGGCAGCCCCAGUAGUCAUUGCUGCAACCGCGAAACACACUGGAACAUUAAUUUUCUUACAUGGAUUAGGAGAUACUGGCCAAGGAUGGGCGAGUGCUAUGGCUGCAGUGAGACCUCCUCAUGUAAAAGUAAUUUGUCCUACAGCCCCUGCAAUACAAGUAACUUUGAAUGCAGGUUUUCGCAUGCCAAGUUGGUUUGAUCUAAAAUCACUAGAUGAAUCCGGACCUGAAGAUGAACCAGGUAUUAAAGCUGCAGCAAAACAAAUCCAUUCUCUAAUUGAAACUGAAGUGAAUGCAGGAAUCAGUGUAGACAGGAUUGUUUUGGGGGGAUUUUCUCAAGGAGGAGCUCUUGCCUUGUACUCUGCUCUUACGUAUCCUAAAAAAAUUGCUGGGGUUGCAGCUCUCUCAUGUUGGUUGCCUUUAAAUAAAUCUUUCCCAGCAGCUAAGAAGACAGAAGAUACUUUACCAAUUCUGCAGUGCCAUGGGGACUGCGACCCAGUAGUCCCUUACAAGUGGGGCCAAAUGACUGCAUCUGUAUUAAAGAACAUGCUUAAAGAUGUCGAAUUCAAAUCAUACAGGGGCUUGUCACAUUCUUCAUCAGACGAAGAACUUAAUGACAUUAAGCAAUUUAUAACCAAAAAUCUACCUAGUCAAUAGACCAUCCCUUGUAAAACUGUUUGUGUUCCUUACAUACUUCUUAUUCAAUUCCCAAUAAGGGGGGUUCGAAAAUAUAUUGGUAAAUAGGGUGAAUUUAAUUUAAAAAGACAGGUCAAUGUAUGUUAUACACAUAGUGAUAAAAAGUAUCUGUUAAAUAUGAUUAGAUAUGAUUAAACCCUCAAUUGAAAUGU